AUGCAAUUCAAACUCUUGACCCUCGCUCUCUUGGCUAGCUUCUUUGCUACUGGUUUUACCGCACCUAUCUAUCCUGGCUUAACAGAAGCAGAAAGUAUAUCUAUCAGCCCACUCGUCCAAGUUUUGGGACUUGAAAACCCGACUAAAGAACAAGCUGGUUGUAUAGCCAAGGUUAUAAAAAAUCAUACACCUUUGCCUCUCAAUGGUACGCCUAUGUCUCCAAUGGUUGUACAUAUGCUCAACUCCCAGUGGGAAAGAUUAUACCAAAUGUGUCUUCAAAAUCCAAUAGGUUUUAAAUAA